GAUACGAAAGUAUCUCUUUAUCAAGAGAUAUGCAAUAUUAAAAACCAACUUGGAAAACCAAAAGACUCGAUCCAACAACUCGAUCCAACUUUGCUAAAGGAUCCGCAAAUCAGAUUGUCGUGGUUUUACCGUGAGUUAUUAGUUUUAGAAAAACUGGAUGAAUGUCAAUAUGUUGAAAAUUUUUUGGGGAUUUCCAAGAUGUCACGCUUUAUGGAACCGAAACUCUCAAAUUUUCAUUUUGCCAUACUGCAUAAUGAGACAAAUAUGGCAAUAAAUCAGCUAGUAGAUGCUAUCAAUUGGAUGGCCCCCGAAAAAUUGC